UUGAAACCCGUUUAGUGGGCUAGGCAACUUCGGCGUAGUAUAAAUGGCCGACGGGCAUUGUUUCAUUUCAAGAAGCUGCUUCAAAAUGCUGAAAUAUACCCUUAUCUUUGCCCUGUUCGUCGUUUUGGCGAGCUGCAGUGAGGAGGAUCUGCAGGCGCAGCUUCUGAAGUCGGUGAACCUCCAGAACUUGGACGGAGCUGGGCAGUUCCAGCAUGAGAUCACGGUCAGCAAUGGGAUCCAGGUGAAAGCUCAAGGUAAUGUGAACGGCAUCCAGGGCGAAUACUUCCUUCCCGGCGAAGAUGGCAAGCAAAUUCGCGUGACUUACACGGCAGAUGCAACCGGCUUCCAUCCGAAGGUCGAAGAGUGACCGACUCACUUUGAUAUUAUGGUAAUCUUAACUUAUAAUACGGCGGUUUUUUCCAUUAAAUGAGUUGUGAGAUAAUGUGUUGUUGUUCGCAUAAAAAGUUCCCCACGUAGAACUCA